GUAAACCAAACCCGGAAGUAGUAAUGCAGCUAGCUGAUGUUAACGAACAAGUUUAUUUAUCUCACUUCAAAGCAUUGUAGCUAGUUACAUACAGCUAAUAUCACCAGAUAACAUUUAUGAUACGGCUAUGCACAGCAAGAGACUGGAAUAGCUCUGGCACAACAACGUCUUCCUCGAGAUAUUUGAAGUCCAUUCACAAUGCAUGAGUUUGACGAACAUCAACAGUCAAAAUGGCUGGGUUCUGACUGUAACCAUGGUGACCAGCAACACCAGAACAGCAAGCGACUCCAGGGUCCCGAGAUGGUCCAAAGAUUUAACAUUGUAUUCAAAGAGGAGCCUGAAGAUGAUCAUGAACCUUGGGGUCAGAUUAAUACUGGAGAGAGUUGCAGCCAUCACUCUGACAGUGAGGCGGAAAGUUCUACCUCAGGAGAACCUGAACAACAGGACCAGUCUGAACACAAAUCCAAGAAGACGCACAGCUGCAGAGAGUGUGGAAAAGAGUUCCCUACCUCGUAUAAACGACACCGACACCAACAGAUCCACCUAGGGGUGAAGCCUUACCGAUGUUCUGCAUCUAGGAAGAACUUCACCCACAAAGAGAACCUGAAGGUAUACCAGCUAGUCCGCACAGGAGAGAAGCCUUACUCCUGCCCUGUCUGUGGCAAGGGCUUUACUCAGCAGGGAAAUAUGACUGCCCACCAGAACACACACACCGUAGAGAGAGAGAGUGACAACACCGAGGAGGAAGAAGAGGAAGUUGGUGGAUUGAUACAUUCUGAAGGAGCGGUAGGUCAUUGGGAUCCUCGUCAGCUCGGAAUGAGUCCUGCCUCCAGCCACGGCAGUGAGGAGACUACCUCUACAUCAGAAGUACCUGAGCAACACCAGGAGAAUCAUCAGACAGCCAGGACGUCUCACCAGGAGAAUCAUCAGACAGCCACGACGUCUCACCGGGAGAAUCAUCAGACAGCCACGACGUCUCACCGGGAGAAUCAUCAGACAGCCGCGACGUCUCACCAGGAGAAUCAUCAGACAGCCGCGACGUCUCACCGAUGCUUUGACUGUGGACAGGAGUUUCCUGGUGCCUAUGACCUCAUGCUACACCAGAGGACACACUAUAUAAGGAACAGGGUGCCAUUUGGGAAGCAUACCAUGACUGCACACCAGCAAACAUACACUGUAAAGAGAGAGCGUGGCGACACUGAGGAAGAGGAGGAGAAAAGGGAGGAAGAAGAGGAAGUUGGUGGUUUGAUUAAAUGUGAAGAAGUACCUACUUGGGAUCCUCCUCAACUCGGAAUGAGUCCUGCCUCCUGCCACGGCAGUGAGGAGACUACCUCUACAUCGGGAGAACCUGAACAACAUCAGCAGAACCCCAACACAGCCACCACGUCUCACCGCUGCUUUGGCUGUGGACAGGAGUUCCCCUCUGCCUAUGACCUGAUGCUACACCAGCGGACACACAGAGAGAGAGACUUCUACGAGUCUGUCUGUGGAGAGCUGUGCUACCAGAAAGACUUACUCAAAACACAUCCGAAAGUUGACACAGGAAUAGCUGUACAACACCAGAAGAAUCCCAAAGCUAAGAAGUCUCACGGCUGUGUAGUGUGUGGGAAAGAACUAUCUGAUGCCAUGAAGAUGAAGAGGCACAUGAGAACACACACAGGAGAGAAACCUCACUGUUGCUCUGUGUGCGGCAGGGGAUUCACACAGAAAGGACAUCUGAAAACACACAUGAAAACACACAGAGGAUUGAACCCCAAAUUGUGGUCCGCUGGAGAGGAGAGUCCCUCUACAUCAGGAGAACCUGAACAACACCAGGAGAACCACACAGCUAAGACAUUUCAUAACUGCAUAGAAUGUGGGGAGGUGUGCCAAACUCUACCAGCACUAAAGAAACACUUGAAAACUCACACCAGAAAGAAGCCUUCUUACCAAUGCUCCCUUUGCGGGGCGGAAUUCACUGAGAAAGGGCAAAUCCAAGACCACCAGUUAAAGCAUGUCAGAGAGAAGCCUUACUCCUGCCCUGACUGUGGGAAGUGUUUCGUCAAUGAAAGCUACAUCAAAAUUCACCAGCGAACACACACUGGAGAGAGACCCUACAGCUGCCCUGUGUGUGGAAAGAGCUUCAUGAAAAAAUUCGACUUAAAAAGUCAUUUACUGACACACACUGGAGAGAAGCCAUACCUUUGCUCCAUCUGUGGGAAGACGUACAGUAGAGAAGGAACUUUCAAAAUCCACCAGAGAGUUCACACAGGAGAGAAACCAUACCUGUGCACUGAAUGUGGGAAGUGCUUCAGCUGUAGAGCAAACCUUCAUUCACACAGGAAAAGACAUGCUGGCAAACCCAUAGGACCUAAACGGCAGUUAGGCAGACCUAAGCAACUGCCAAACUGACAAUGGGACUGGACAAAUUAACUUAUGUAGUGUCUCUCCUGA